AUGGGAGCCCAAGAUAGAGAGACAUACCCAAGCGACGUCGAGAUGGGUGACGGGCCGGCUUCCGGGUUCACGCCCGUCAAUCCAGACGCAGCCCCCAAUCCGGACACAAAAGCAAAGCAGCAAGACACAGGCCUUAGGCACCGUGAGAAGGCAGCCUCCGGUAGCCUGACGCAAGCCAGCGAUCCUCGGGCUGUCCAGCAGCAGGCUGCCUCUGACAACAGUGGCAGUUCGACCUCAGAAUCCCUCAUCCCUAGUCCCUCCAACCUAUCCACCGCUGCCACCUCGCUGAACGCCGACGUCCCUCCCACCGCCACUUCUCUGCCAUCCAUCGAUGAGCAAAUCGCCAAGGUUACACAGUUGGCACAACAAGAACUCCAGGACGGACAGAAAGGUUACGUGAUUUCGGCAAAAUGGCUCCGAAGAGUGCAGGCGCGAGGCUCGCAUGUCGGUGAAGCGGCGAAGAUUGAAAAGUCAGCAACGGAAGGUGAGGUCGGGCCAAUUGACAAUUCGGACGUGGCCAUGGUGAUGGAAGAGUCGACCAGACUGUUGGACGAGGCUGGAGAGCCGUAUGUGCCGCUUCGUCCCGGUUUGACCUUGGGCGAAGACUACGAAAUUUUUCCUCAAGAAGCCUGGGAUCUGAUCGUUUCCUGGUACGGUAUCGCGAAAGACUCCCCGAUCAUAACGAGAUACGCCCACAACUGGAGUGAACCCGGUGCUAUCCCAAAUGUCACCUGGGAGCUGAAUCCGCCCGUCUUUUCCUUUCUCAAAGUCCCCAGUGAACACAGCCCCCAGACGCAACGCGAGAGAGAAUUGCCACCUCAGCGUUUAUUGGCGAGUAAGAAGAAGAAUUUCACAGAAUGGCUGAAGGAAGGCAAGAGAUUGCUGAACAUCGACGUCAACACCAAAGUCCGAGUUUGGAGGGUGUUGGGCGGUCUGAAGAGCUCUACGGCCUCAGGCGUUCUUACCCCUGCGGUGUCGCGCAGUGCAUCCCCGGCUCCUGGUGCAGAGAUUAUCGCGAGUGCCGGAGAUCGAAUGCUGCUUGAUGUCAACACGUUUGUUCAUUUACAGAUCGGCGAGCAGCGAGAGUUAUUGAACGUUCCAGAUCAUACGGCGAAUCCCAAAUACAACGGCAAGUCGACCCUCGGCACAGUCGGGCUGGGUAGGGACGAUGUGAUCGUUCUCGAGGAGCAAAAGUCGGGCAAAGAUGAGUGGCCAAGUGAGAAUCCCAAACUCAGUCUGGCAAAGGGUCUAAAGACCGCACCGAAGAACCUCGCUUCAAGUGGUAGAUCAAGUCCAGCUCCUGGCAUGAUGACGCGAGGUCGACAGAAGAGAGACACCAGACCACGCGGCAUCACUGGUUUGAGUAAUCUGGGAAACACUUGUUACAUGAACUCGGCCUUGCAGUGCUUGCGAAGUGUCGAAGAAUUGACCCAAUAUUUCCUGCACGACCAAUGGAAGCAAGACCUUAAUGUGGACAACGCUCUAGGUCAUCAUGGAGAGGUUGCUAAGGCCUAUGCCAACUUGCUCCAUCAGAUCUACGACGAAAACACUUCUUCCACCAAUCCUUCUCGGUUCAAGGCAAUAAUUGGCAAGUAUGGGCCGAGUUUCUCCGGAUAUCAACAGCAAGACUCCCAAGAGUUUUUGCUCUUUCUGCUCGACGGGCUACAGGAAGACCUCAAUCGCAUCCACAAGAAGCCCUACAUUGAGAAGCCUGACUCGACCGACGAUAUGGUUCAAGACCUUGCCGCUUUGAAAGCCUUUGCCGACAAGAACUGGGACAUCUACAAGGCGAGGAAUGAUUCCGUCGUCACCGACCUGUUUGCCGGCAUGUACAAAUCGACGUUGACCUGUCCCGUGUGUCACAAGGUCAGCAUCAUCUUCGACCCGUUCAACAAUCUCACGCUGCAGCUCCCAAUCGAAAACAACUGGCAGAAGGAGAUCCUGUACUUUCCACUUCACAAGCGUCCCAUCCGGAUUGAUGUUGACAUCGACAAGCACUCCAGCAUCAAAGGAUUGAAGGAAUUCGUCGCGUCCAGGACACAUGCUGAUGUGGAUCGAUUGCUGGCUGCGGAGGCGUACAAGAACAAGAUUUACAAGAUCUUCGACAACAACAUCAUCAUCUCGGAGGCUAACAUCCAACCUGCAGAUAUAAUAUGUGUGUAUGAGUUGGAGUCGAUCCCGACAAAUUACAAUCCUAACAAGGCUCGAAAGUUCUCACUCUACACGAUUGGGCGAGAUGCUGAAGAUGAAUUGGUGGCCGCCGACAGUCCCGAAGCAGAUCGACUUCUCGUCCCAAUGUACAACCGGCUCGUCAAAGCUCCAGCAUCCCGAGUAGGGUCGAAACCUUUCUUUGCCAUGCCUACAUAUCUCGUCCUGACUAGGGAGGAUCGUGCGACAUACGACGGCAUACUAAAGAAGAUCCUCGGAAACGUCGCUGGGAUGACCACGAGAAAGAUUUUUGACGAGGGUGACAACGCAUCCGAGGACGGGCAGCCCACGCCUGAAGGCUCUGAUACUGUGGUGAUGGCAGACGACACGUCAGGUUCCGAAUCUAACGUGCCCACUGCAGUCUCGGUACAGGGCGAGGACGGCAUUAUAGACGUUUCGAUGCGCGAUGCCAGCCAGGCGCCUGAGACAAUGUCCCAAUCAUCCGAUGCCGGCUUGCAGCACAUCCUUCAAUCAGCCUCUUCGAUCCCUCGCCAACUCCGGAGCCUUUUCACGAUCCAUGUCGCGACGACCGGCGAGGGUAUUCCUACUGGAUGGAAUCAGAUAUCAGAAUCUCAAGACUAUGAGCCCAUUAUCAAUCGGAUCCCCAAAGCCGUAUCUCAUCGCACAAAGAAAGGGUCUGCGGCUUCGGAAGUUGCCAAUGGAGACAGCGGUUCUGUGACCAGUGAAGAUGAGCUGGCUGACAUUGAGCAUGACGAUGCCACUAUUGGCAGCAAUGACUCAGGUUCAGAUUCAAACUCCAGCCCCCCACUACCUUCAGGGCCGGAUUCCGACACCGAAUUUCCGGAAGUGCAAGAAAUCCUCAAACCCCGGCAAGCCAUGUCGAAAAAGGCACAGAGACACAAAAAUCGCGGUAAGCGAUAUGGCAAGCGCAACCAACGCCGUACUCCUCCGCCCCUGCCUCCUCCGCAGCCGUUGCCCAAGGUCGAGAAUGGCGAGCUCAUUCGACCGGGUGAGGCCAUCGUUCUUGACUGGACACAGGACGCAUGGGAUGGCUUGUUUGGAGCGUCAGAGCAGGACCCUCUGGGACUGCGGGGUGCACCAACGUGGAAGGGUGUCGAGCUGUUUCACGACGAAGAGGUGCUGGCCAAGCGGGCUCAACGCAGCAGCCGAAAGAAGAACGGCAUCACGCUGGAGGACUGCCUGAACGAGUUUGGGAAGUCCGAGACUCUGUCUGAAACCAAUGCGUGGUACUGCCCUCGUUGCAAAGAACACCGACGAGCGGACAAGAUGUUUGAAUUGUGGAAGGCCCCCGACAUCCUCGUGAUGCAUCUCAAGCGCUUCAGCAGCAACCGCAACUUUAGGGACAAGCUUGAGGUAAAGGUUGACUAUCCUGUUGAAGGUCUGGAUCUGUCUGGAAUGGUUAGGGAUCAGCAAGACGGCAAGAGCUUGAUUUAUGAUCUGGUUGCCGUUGACAAUCACUACGGAGGCCUAGGAGGGGGUCAUUACACCGCCUACGCGAAGAAUUUCUUCAACAACAGUUGGUAUGAGUACAAUGACUCCCACGUCUCCGCCAAGACAGAUCCACGCUCGGUGGUGACUAGCGCGGCGUACCUUUUGUUCUAUCGCCGGCGGUCAGAGCACGCUCUAGGGGGGCCCCGACUGCAAGAGCUGUUGGAGUCGGGCAGCCACGGAGAAGCCGACUCUGACGCAGCAGCAGGGUCGCGGGAAUCUUCACCGGUGGCGGGGGAAGGUCGGCGACUCGGCGACUCCUCCCACAAUGGGUUGUCGAGCGCUUACACAGCCGGUCGAGGUCACCGCGUGGGAGCGGAUGGCUCAGCGGCGGAAGAGGAAAGUCAGGAUCGAGAUCUACUAGCCGUCGGCGACAGCCCACCGACUCUGCUCGGGCCUCCAGCCGAUGAGGACUUGCCUUCGUACCAGGACGCUCUAGAUGAUGAAGCGGUGGCCAUGGAGGACAAUGUGCCCAUGUGGCAUCAGGCAGAGAGCUGGGGGUUUGAUGGUCUUCCGGUCGGUCCACGGGUGCCAGCCCCAUCCGAGGAUGGCGGCAUGUUUGGUGACAAGGGAAGUUCCAACGACAGCACCAGGGUGGAGGGCAAUGCUGGGAGUCCAGCGCACAGCCUUCUGGACCUUGACGAUGCUGACGCCCUCAACGAUCCCAUAUACAGUGAAGCCAACACGCUCGAAGACUAUGGCGGGCGCAUUCUGAGAGAGAGCGCGCCUCCGCCCGAAAUCCCGGACAUUGUGGACGACGAUGAAGAUGAUCCACCAGUGAUGGAGCUUCAAGCGGAUCCGGCCAAUGAUGGCGAGCUGGUCUUCAAUCCGGCAAGCAAGUAA